AUGUUUUCUUGUUUCUGUUUCAGCAUUCAGGAUAAUUCCUUCAACACGACAGCUUUAGCAGAGUGUGAUGGGGAUUCAGACUCUGUACAUGAAGACCAAGCAGGCAGUUCCAGCCCCAGAGAUGAUGAUAACAAAGAAAAUUAUCCGGACAACGCUACUGUCUUAGAGGAAAGGCAGCUGCCUUUGCGAGACACUCAGCAGCACAAGCAGCAAGCUGUAAUUGACUACGCUCUGAAGCCUGAAAUGGGCAACUUAAAGCUAAGAAAACCUAAGCCCAUUGCAAAGCUAGAAAAUGGAAAAAGCCAUGAGGAAAGUCAGGAGCUGGAAAGUGCAUUGCCAGGCCUUUCAGAGUGGCAGGGGAAGGCUGGAUCCUCAGAUAAUGACUACGCACAGAACGUGGCUUUAAGAUACCAGGAGGCAGUAGUGAGAUUUCAACCAAGAAUAGAGCAGAACAUAAGCAUUUCACCAAAAGAAGGAACUGAGCAAUUCAACAGUUUAAAUGAGAAUUCUUUGUUGAAGCUACAAGCCCUUGAAACUGAUCUGUGCUCUGCGUUUCUGCCAGCCCCGGAAGAAACUCCUCAGCUGCCGGCACCCAAGGAUCCAGUCCCUUCAUCAGUCCAAACCAGUGUGCAAGCUGAUGGGGCCAGCUGUGGAGAGCCUGUGCCAGCCCACAGAGGCUGGCAGAAUGACAUGGACAGCAGCCCACAAGAACAUCACUCCCUAGGGACCAGUCGACUCCUGUAUCACAUUACAGAUGGAGACAAUCCUCUUUUGUCACCACGCUGCUCUAUCUUUAGCCAAAGCCAGAGAUUUAAUCUAGACACAGAGUCUGCCCCUUCUCCACCAAGUGCUCAACCUUUCAUGAUGCCAAGAAGUUCUUCUAGAUGUAACUGUGAAGAGUGCAAAGAACCACAAACAGUAGCACAACUUACCAAGCAUCUUCAGAGUCUCAAGAGGAAAAUUAGAAAGUAUGAAGAAAAGUUUGAGCAAGAAAAAAAAUACCUGCCUUCACAUGGUGACAAGACUUCCAAUCCUGAAGUUCUGAAAUGGAUGAAUGAUUUGGCCAAAGGUCGUAAGCAGCUCAAAGAGCUGAAACUCAGAAUGUCGGAAGAGCAAAACUGUACCUCUAGAGCACCCCAAAGAAAUGAUCAUUGCGAAAACACUGGGACCUCUAAAGAGGCUGGGACACAGGAGGCCACAAGCAUGGAACCAGCUCCCUCAGUAGAAGAAACCAUGGAUAGUGUAUUGAGACGAUUAAAGGAGAAAAGACAGCACUUUAACCUUCCUGAGACUAUUAAGGAUAUGACAAAAAAGCAAAUGGCUUUGGAAAAAAUCAGUCUUCAGAAAUGUCUACUAUAUUUUGAGAGUAUUCAUGGACAACCUGUAACUAAGCAAGAAAAGAGUCUCAUGAAACCUCUUUAUGACAGAUACAGAAUUAUCAAGAAACUUCUCGCAACUCCAUCUUUGAUCACAACAAUUCAGGAAGAGGAAGACUCAGAUGAAGAGCAUUCUCAAAGCAGCCAUGAGUUAUCAUCCGGUCCGAUAUCUUGCCUCCCUGUUGAUGAGCAUCUGUGUUACUCUCAGGAGGAGAGUGAGCCUGCGUAUGUUUCACCUCUGGAUGAAAAGAAAGUUUUCAGGCAAACAGCCUUGUCUAUGUCCAAUUUACACGAGGCAACAAUGCCCGUUCUGCUUGAACAUCUUCGAGAAACAAGAGCAGAUAAGAAAAGGCUUCGCAAAGCUCUGAGAGAGUUUGAGGAACAAUUCUAUAAACAGACAGGAAGGAGUCCUCAAAAAGAAGAUCGGGUGCCAAUGGCUGAAGAAUACUCCGAAUACAAGCACAUGAAAGCUAAAAUCAGGCUCUUGGAGGUUCUCAUCAGCAAGCAUGAUAUUUCCAAAACAAUUUGAAGCGAAUGCAAUGCUGUGAUACUGUUCUUUAG